CAGGGAAUGGACGUAUCAGAUGUGACUUUGGUCAUUCAGUGGCGAGUAUCGUGCAAGUUGUCUGCCCUCUGGCAAUGGUUUGGUUGUGCAGCUAGGGACCAUGCAGUGGAAGGGAUUGCAUUGCUGUUUGCAGAAAAAGAGUAUUUUCAUGAU